CACAGUAGCAGCACAGCUGUACAGGGCCCAUGUGGAUCUGGCAGAUCUCAUCUAAACACAGUGUGAUAACUCAAAAUCAGUGUGGUCUUAUAUGCUGAUGUGAGUUGUGUAGAUCUUCUGUGUGUUUUUGCGAAUGAAAAUGCUGAAAGAGGCGCUUGAAGGGCAGAUAACGGCGGUGUGUAACGCCGUUGCCGUGUCAGUACAGAUUCAGGUGGAGCCGGUGGGCCGCUGGUUCGAGGCAUUUCUGAGGCGCAGAAGUAGAAAUGUGUCGGCUUCUUUUCAGGAGCUGGAGGAGGAAGAGGAGCUGUCUGAGGAAGAAGAGGGAGAAGAACUUCAACUGGAGGAGUAUCCACUGCUAAAGACACUGGACCCUAAAGACUGGAAGAAUCAAGAUCAUUAUGCUGUUUUGGGUUUGGUUAACGUCAGGUACAGAGCAACACAGAAACAGAUCAAGGCUGCUCAUAAAGCCAUGGUCCUCAAACAUCAUCCAGAUAAAAGGAAAGCGGCAGGUGAACAGAUUGUCGAGGGGGACAAUGAUUACUUCACUUGUAUUACAAAAGCAAUAGAGAUCCUGUCAGACCCUGUUAAGCGACGAGCUUUUGACAGCGUAGAUCCUACUUUUGACAACACGGUGCCGUCGAAAGCAGACAGCAAAGAAAACUUUUUUGAGGUGUUUUCACAUGUGUUUGAAAGGAAUGCCAGGUGGUCUGUUAAGAAACACGUCCCCAGUCUGGGUAACAUGCAGUCUUCUUUUGAAGACGUGGAUCAUUUCUAUUCCUUCUGGUACAACUUCGAUUCAUGGAGAGAAUUCUCAUAUUUAGAUGAAGAAGAAAAGGAAAAGGCUGAAUGUCGAGAUGAAAGAAGAUGGAUUGAUAAACAGAACCGGGCCUCUCGAGGGCAGAGAAAGAAGGAAGAGAUGAACCGAUUACGAAACCUCGUUGACACUGCUUACAACUCUGACCCACGAAUAAAAAAAUUCAAAGAUGAGGAGAAAGCCAGAAAAGAGUCUGAGAAGAAGGCCAAAGCUGAGGCGAAGAAGCGAGAACAGGAAGAGAAGGAUAGGGCGCGACAGGCCGAGGAGGAUGCUGCACGUUUGGCGAAGGAGAAAGAAGAGGAGGUGGCAAAACAUGCAGCACAACUGGCAAAGAAAGAGAAAGAAGCUCAGAAAAAAGCCAUCAAAAAAGAACGACAAAAACUCAGAACGACGUGCAAGACUCACAAUUACUUUGCAGAUAAUGAAGCGGACAGCGUGAGGAUGAUGGAGGAGGUGGAGAAACUCUGUGAUCGCUUAGAACUGAUUAGUUUACAAACGCUGAAUGAGGCUUUUGCUUCUGGGAAUAAAGAACAGAAUAAAAUGGCUCUGGAGAAACAGGUGCACGAGGUUAAAGUUCAAAUGCAGAAGGAGAAGGAGGCGGAGAUUCAGGCGCAGCAGUCCACACGUGGCGCCGAACAUGCCGGCGGAGGGGGCGGAGUCAAUAACAGAUCCUGGAAUGAAGAAGAUCUUCAACUGCUCAUUAAAGCCGUGAACCUCUUCCCCGCUGGAACCAAUGCCAGGUGGGAGGUGAUCGCCAACUAUAUGAACCAGCACUCCAAUAGCGGUGUGAAGAGAAACGCCAAAGACGUCAUUAACAAAGCAAAAACUCUGCAGAAACUCGAUCCUCACCAGAAAGAUGAGAUUAACCGAAAGGCCUUUGAGAAGUUUAAGAAAGAACAUUCGGCUGUUCCUCCUACUUUAGACAACGCGGUGCCAUCAGAGCGUUUUGAUGCUGUAGGUGCUGAAUCUAACGCCGCCCCCUGGACCACAGAGGAGCAAAAACUACUAGAACAGGCUCUGAAAACCUAUCCUGUGAACACACCAGAGCGUUGGGAGAAGAUCUCAGAAGCUGUGCCCGGACGCUCCAAGAAAGACUGCAUGAAGAGAUACAAGGAAUUGGUGGAGAUGAUAAAAGCCAAGAAAGCCGCUCAAGAACAGGUUGCUGCUAAAAACAAAAAAUGACGACAAAGAGAAAGCACAUGUACCCCACGGUCUUUUAACUUUAUUGUGUUGUUCUUUAUUUUAUAAUAAAAUAAACAGGUAAAAUAACAUGA